AUGGCUGAAGGUACUCGAAUGAAAAGCUUUGAGGAGCAACUCAGGAAACAAGAUGUCAGAAUCCAAGCAGUCCUUGACUCCAUGGUUGCAGACAAGCAAGUCAUGGAAGAAAGACUGGAGACAAAUCAAAGGGAGAUGCGAGCAUUAAUGGAGGCCAAUAAUUCAGAACUGAAAAACUUUGUGAGUAAUCAAAUUAGCUCGAUUUUGAGGAGUUUGCAAGGCGACAAGGGAAUCUUGGGAAAUCCUACUGGUUUAGCAGAUCGAACUCCUAAUCAUCGAGCUAGUGGAGUUCAAAAUGUCAGGCAUGGUGAAUUUGGCAGUUUAUCUGGCAGAGAGGGUCCGCAUUGGCCCAUGGGGGUUCCCAGGCUGGACUUUCCCAGAUUUGAUGGCCAUAGUCCCAAGGAAUGGAUCAGGAAGUGUGAAAAGUUCUUCCAACUGUUUCGCACUCCUAAAGAACAGCAGAUUGACUUGGUGGAACUACACUUAGAAGGCAAGGCAGAUCUCUGGUAUCAGAAUUUCAAAAAGGAUCGAGGAAUAGUUCAUUGGAAGGAUUUCAGUUUGGAAAUAUGUAGGAGGUUCAGCACUGUAGGGGAAGCAGAUGCGGUGGAGGAGUUCAGCAAGCUCAGCCAAUCAUCCACUGUAUUGGCUUAUCAGGAAAAGUUUGAAGAGUUGAGGUCCAUUGUAAUGAUCCAGGUGCCAGAACUGACUGAAUCUUACUACAUUUCUAGUUUCCUAAGUGGAUUGAGGGGGGAAAUUAAGUCUGCUGUGAAGAUGCAUAGGCCAGACACUCUACAAGCUGCCUUUGAGAUGGCUAGAUGGCAGGAGCAUCAUUUGGAGCUUGUUCACAAGUUCAGCAGGACCACACUCAAGAGUACAUUGCACUCAGGCUCCUAUGGUCUUACCAAGGGAACGCAGGGAGUCCAGGAUCCAGGAGCAAGGCAGGCUAGUACUUCGCCAACAGACUACAGCAAGAAGUCCAAUUCACAGCAAGUUUUUAGGAAGAUUUCUCCUACUGAAUUCCAAUACAGGAAGGAGCACAACCUAUGCUUUAGGUGUGGGGACAGAUUUACUCCCGGACACACUUGUAAGAGCAAGGGGGUCCACAUGAUGUUAAUAGAAGAUGAGGAAAAAGGUGAGGCAGAACAAACAACAGAAGAAGAGGAAGUUAUUGAGUACAUGGGAAACCAGCAGGAGCAGGAUGUGAUGUUGACUCUGCAUGCAAUGACAGGGGAAUUAUCCUCAAGUGUCAUCAAAAUGCAGGGGCAGUUCAAGAAUCGUCAGCUGACAAUCUUAUUGGAUGGAGGAAGUACCAAUUGUUUUAUCAGGAGAUCAGUGGCUCAGUUGUACCCAGAAACUGUGCAGAAGCAUAGGCCUUUUAAGGUCAAGAUUGCUGAUGGCAAAGAGCUGCACUGUGACCAAUGGAUUCCAGGAAUGCAGUGGGACAUGCAGGGCCACAUAUUUACACAUGAUGUAUUUGUCAUGGACCUGGAACCUUAUGAUAUGAUCCUUGGGGUGGAUUGGAUGAAAUCCUACAGCCCCAUUACCUUUGAUUUCAAGAGACUAAACCUGUUUUUUGAGAAGGGAGGAGAGCACGUGGUGUUAAAAGGAGACUCCAACAAUGCAAACGUUAGAAUGCAGCAAGGCUCAACAGCUCAUAAAUAUGUCAGACAUAAGAUCAGGAAGGCUCUGCAGCAAUCUUGUAUGGUGAAGGUUCACAACUCACAGGUAAUUUCUGAACCAGAUUCUCUUACUCAGUUGUUGGCCAAAUAUGAUGAUAUCUUUGCAGAACCUAAAAUUCUUCCCCCAAACAGAUGCCAUGAUCACCAAAUCCCCCUUAAACCAGAUGCCAAACCUUUCAAAAUUUCCCCAUAUAGGUACCCCCAUGUACAGAAAAAUGAAAUUGACAAGCAAGUGAAGGACAUGCUAACCUCUGGUCUUAUACAAAUUAGCCACAGCCCCUUUGCAUCACCUGCUCUCUUAGUUAAAAAGAAAGAUGGGAGCUGGAGGCUUUGUAUUGAUUAUAGACAACUGAACAAUCUUACCAUCAAAGAUAAAUUUCCAAUCCCUAUUAUAGAUGACUUACUGGAUGAGUUACAUGGAGCCAGGGUCUUCUCUAAAAUUGAUCUGCGAUCAGGCUAUCACCAAAUCAGAAUGAGACCUGAGGACAUCCAUAAAACUGCUUUUAGAACUCAUUCUGGACUUUAUGAAUUUCUUGUAAUGCCAUUUGGCCUGACAAAUGCCCCCGCCACCUUUCAAGCACUAAUGAACUCAGUUUUUGAACCUUACAUCAGAAAAUUUGUCCUUGUGUUCUUUGAUGACAUUCUGAUCUAUAGUCCAGAUUAUAAAACCCACUUACACCACUUAUCCUUAGUAUUAGGAACCUUGAGAAAGCACUCCUUGUUUGCAAAGAUGUCUAAAUGUUCUUUUGGUCAAAACCAAGUAGAGUAUCUGGGACAUGUUAUCACUAGUGAAGGUGUGAAUACUGACCCAUCCAAGGUGGAGGCUAUGCUGUCUUGGCCAACUCCUACUUGUUUAAAGGCCCUCAGAGGAUUUUUGGGCCUAACAGGGUAUUACAGGAGGUUUGUUAAGGGGUAUGGUGAAAUUGCUAAGCCCCUCACUGAGUUACUGAAGAAGGAUCAAUUUGCUUGGAGUGCUGUUGCAGAAUCUGCAUUUCAACAGUUGUAG